AUGCAAGAAUCUUAUGCACAACCGCCAGCCAUGAACGGUCCAGUCAAUUUGGAGCAGGCCGAAUUCAUCCUAUCAUUAGCCAACAAGAAGAGUGGUGCCUUUAAAUCUAUGAUGCAUCUUCUGAGACAGAUAGAGUCUCAAAUAGAGGCACGCAGAAAGCAGAACAGCCAAUUCUGUCAGGUAGUGCGGGUGGUGGAUGAACGUUACAAACGCAAAAUAUACGCAAACCAACAGCUGAUACAACGCAUUCACUCUGAAAUCACCUACAUUGUGCACGAUAUGGAUCAAUUGACAUGCCGGCGUACUUCUCUCAAGGAGGAACUGGAUGCCCACGAACAAGAGCUAGCCGAAAUACGAGACUAUGCUGAACAACGAAGAAACAAGAAAUCGAAACGAGAGCGCCAAUACCAUCAACUCUACCAUGUGCCUUUGGUGGCUACACAGUACAAGAAGAAAUACAUGCGUGCUCGUGACAAAAACUCGGAUGCUGAGGAAAAGGUGUCAGAAAUACGAGCCGUUGUGGAUUCAUGUCAAAGAGCCAUCGGCGAACUUUCAAAGUCAUUAGGGGAUUGCCAGCGAAAGAAAGAGCAGCUUGCUCUCAACCAGCAAGAUGUGCAAAACCAGACCAAAGAAACACAGGAGCUCAUGACCAACUUGCAAGAGGGCUGCAAGUUUUGGCAAGGCUUUGAUCAGCAUCAGUCCAUUACGGCUCAAAAAGCUGUAACUCAUUUCAUUGAAUCUCUGCAAAGAAACAGCGCAAACACCACCUCGUUGCGUCAGUGUGUAGAGCCCAACAACGACAUUGUCAAGUUGUUUAAGAUGGCGCUGUAUGAGUACGGCGAAGCAGAGAGAUAUGCAGAUCAAAGAUGGGGCCGUCUUCAUGUCGAGUUUGAUUGUGCCAAAUGUCAGAUUUCUCAAGUGGGAUGGCCAAAGCCCGACAAGGUACGACCCAACAACUUGCUUUGCGCAGCCUGCUAUCAAGAAUACCGUACUUCCAUGAUCUUGGAGAAGAAAAUGACAGGUGUAUCACAGCAGUUACUCAAUUUACCCGGUGGAUCCAUGCUCUCGUUCUCAUCCCAGUCCACGUUGAAUUCCACCACCAGCUCAAGUGAUGACACUAGCACCAAGAGCAACAAGCCUGGUUUCAAAAAGAUGUUUAACAUGCUGAAAGGCAACAAGAAGAAGCACAGAAGUAGCAGCAAUGACUCGACCAUAUCUGAAUCCUUCAUUGAGCCACAACGAAACAGCCGUAUGAUGAUGGCAUAG